UCAGCAACAAUUUGGAGAAAGAAUCGGAUUAAGAAAUGUGAAGUCAACUGCAGCUAUCUAGUUAGACAAUGGCGAAUUGCAUUUAUUGAUCCCUUCUUAUGUGGCUUCGAAUUCUGAUCUGUAAUCCUCACCAAAGCAGGAAGCUCUUAGUUUCAGCCAUGGGGAUUCAGAAGAAGAACUCAAACUUAACCUCAGGAGGAGGCAACAACAACAGCAACAACAAUACGCCCCCAACAAUCCAUGAAUGUGCUGAGUCUGGUGAUCUGAGUGGCCUUCAGAGUUUGCUCUUUCGCGAUCCUUCGCUUCUUAACGACAGAAGCGCUCUCAUGAUGCAGACGCCAUUGCACAUUGCCGCGAGUCUCAACCGAGUAGAGAUAGUCAAGUAUUUGCUCGGCAUGGAGAGGGUCGAGAAGGAAGCCAAGAAUGUUUACGGCGAGACGCCAUUGCACGCAGCAGCUAAGAAUGGAUGCAGCGAAUCAGGCCAGGUGCUUCUCAGCUACGGAACCAAUGUCGAAGCCAGAACAAAUAAUUCGAUGACUCCCUUGCAUCUUGCCGUCGGGUUUGCGCUGCGCACCGGAGAUAACUCCAUGGUUAGGACACUGUUAGAGUACAGAGCCGAUUGCUUCGCUAAAGACGACGAGGGCUUGGCUCCGGUCAAUUACAUUCCAGCGGGGGUACAGUGCCAUGAACUGGUCGGGAUCUUGUGCGGUCAUGUUGCCGGGCAAAUUCAGAACACUACACAGCAGAUUUACAGCAUAUUUGCUGGGAAUCAAUACGGUAAUAAUUUAGCAGAUCUGAGUAUGAACUACACCACUAGUUCGUCGUCGGGUUACCCGAACGGCGCCGGAGAUCAGAGCAACUAUGAAAUAAAAGCCAAGAUGGAGGAGUUCGACAGCGAGCUAUCGAAGAUUGUCGGACUGCGUGAUCUGAAAGAUCAGCUCCAGAAAUGGGCGAAGGGAAUGCUCCUGGACGAGAAGCGCCGAGCCAUGGGGAUGAAUCUUGGCCCCAGGAAGCUACCUCACAUGGCGUUUCUUGGAAACCCUGGAACAGGUAAAACAACUGUAGCGCGAAUCUUGGGGAAGCUACUCAAGUCCAUCGGAGUACUUUCCUCCGACAAGAUGAUUGAAGUGCAGCGGACAGAUUUGGUCGGAGAAUACCUGGGCCAAACCGGACCCAAGACUAGGAAGAAGAUCGAGGAAGCCAUGGGAGGGAUUCUGUUCGUCGACGAAGCUUACCGUUUAGCGCCGCAAAAAGCGGCCGGCGAAUUCGUGGACUACGGCGUGGAGGCGAUGGAGGAGAUCAUGUCCGUCCUGGAAGACGGCGAGCUCCUGGUGGUAUUCGCGGGGUACACGGAUCGGAUGAAGAAGCUCUUCGAAUCAAACGAAGGGUUCUGCCGGCGCGUGACGCACACUUUCCAGUUCGACAAUUACUCGUCCAAUGAUCUGGCGGAGAUGCUGGUGAUCAAGAUGCGCCGGCAGAGCCAGACGAGCCGCCUCUGCGGCUUCAAGCUCCACCCGACCUGCACCCACGACGCCGUCACGCGCCUGAUCGACCGGAACUCCACCGAGAAGCUCCGCAACAAAAUGAACGGAGGUUUGGUGGAUCUCAUGCUCAACAGCGCCCGGGAGAAUCUCGAUUCCAGGCUCACCUUCGACUCCAAUGGCGACGACCUGCUCACCAUCACUCUCCACGACUUGGAGUUUGGCCUUCGAGCCGUUGCGCAGCGAACCAAUGUCGAUUGACACCCCAGAUGGGCAUUGAAUUGGGUCCUGAUUCCGCUCAAGGUUGUAAUAGCAUCCUUGAUAUCGAUCCUCUCAUUAGGAGAUUCCAUGGUGCACCUCAAAGCCAGGUCCAUUAAACAGG